AUGCAAGACGCAAACAAUAAUCAAACGAGCUCACUCCCCUUGGCGCCGAGUAUAAACCAAGACGACAAAUCAGCCGCUGAGCUGGCAUCCAACCUGUUCAAAGGAAUGAAUCCCGAGGAUCCUGGACCGCCUGUCUUGUCGUUAGACUUUGUGAACUGCUGGAACUUCCCAGAAGCGGGUCUAGGAUCAACGAGCAUGGCUUCGCUGGAGACCUCAGAAAAUCAAACAAAUACCCCCACUUCUGUGAACAAGAACGAACAAUCGGGGGAUGGCCCGCAGACAGAAGACUCAGCAUGCGAAGAUGACCAAGUAAUCGAACUAUUUAAGUUUUUAUUAGCUUCUGGACCACACGAUGCCUUGCAAGUCCAAGACACUACUCCUGGCAUUCAGGGAUUUCUACGAGUGAUACAACAGCAUCUCUAUGCCGUCCAAGCUAGUGAGGCUAAGGUCUUGACAAGUAAUAUGGCUACCACGCUCUCAAAGCUUACAAACUGCGACGAAGAUGACCGUUUUGCCGCAGCCUUCAAACUUACUUUUCGUCGACAGCUACUCAUAUGGAUGGCACAACAGCAAAGUCGCAAAUACGAUAACCGUGGGGACAUAAAUGACCUCAACCAAGCGAUUGCUCUCUACGAGCAGUGCAUAGCCGGACCUUCCGCCCAUAGCUCUGCUGAAUCUGAUAUACUAAGUAAUCUUGGCGUCUGUCUUACUGAGCGAUUCGAGCGUCUGGGUAACCUGGAAGACAUCGACAACGCAGUCGAUUGUUUAUCGCACUUGGCUCGCAUGACUUCCGAUAGCGAUGAGAACCUUACAGGCAGAUUAGCCAACCUCGGGGCGGCAUACAAUAAUCGAUUCAAGCGCUUAGGGAGCCUCGAAGAUAACGAACAAGCAAUACAAUGCCUUAGGCAUGCAGUGUCUACAGCACAGAAGAACGAUAAAGGGCUGCCUGACUGUCUCAACAACCUUGGAAACGCGUACCUGACACUGUAUAGAACAACGGGCAGAAUGAAUGCCAUUGACGAAGCACUCUCAGUCUUGGAGCAGGCGGUUAUCUGUACCCCAGUUGGGCAUGCUGAUUUGGCCUCUCGCUUGAACAACCUCGGAAAUGUGUAUCUGACCCGAUUCGAGCGGUUGGGCUACAUGAGCGAUCUGCAUAAGGCGAUCGAGCUACAGUCUCAUGGAGUCAAACUGACACGCAUCACGCACAAGGAUCUACCCGGUCAGCUCAAUAACCUCGGAAAUGCCCAUAUGUCCCGAUUCGAGCACUUGGGUGGACUCGAGGAUGUAGAGCAUGCAAUCGAGUGCUUGACACAGGCAGUCGUACAAACGCCCCCGCGCCAUCCAGACAUGCCCGGUCAGCUCAAUAACCUCGGAAACGCCCAUAUGUCCCGAUUCAAGCACUUGGGUGGACUCGAAGAUGUAGAGCAUGCAAUCGAGUGCUUGACCCAGGCAGUCGUACAAACGCCCCCGCGCCAUCCAGACAUGCCCAGUUGGCUCAAUAACCUCGGAAGCGCCCAUAUGUCCCGAUUCAAGCACUUGGGUGGACUCGAGGAUGUAGAGCAUGCAAUCGAGUGCUUGACCCAGGCAGUCGUACAAACGCCUCCGCGCCAUCCAGACAUGCCCAGUUGGCUCAGUAACCUCGGAAGCGCCCAUAUGUCCCGAUUCGAGCACUUGGGUGGACUCGAAGAUGUAGAGCAUGCAAUCGAGUGCUUGACACAGGCAGUCGUACAAACGCCCCCGCGCCAUCCAGACAUGCCCGGUCAGCUCAAUAACCUCGGAAACGCCCAUAUGUCCCGAUUCGAGCACUUGGGUGGACUCGAGGAUGUAGAGCAUGCAAUCGAGUGCUUGACACAGGCAGUCGUACAAACGCCUCCGCGCCAUCCAAACAUGCCCAGUCGGCUCAGUAACCUCGGAAACGCCCAUAUGUCCCGAUUCAAGCACUUGGGUGGACUCGAGGAUGUAGAGCAUGCAAUCGAGUGCUUGACACAGGCAGUCGUACAAACGCCCCCGCGCCAUCCAGACAUGCCCGGUCAGCUCAAUAACCUCGGAAACGCCCAUAUGUCCCGAUUCAAGCACUUGGGUGGACUCGAGGAUGUAGAGCAUGCAAUCGAGUGCUUGACACAGGCAGUCGUACAAACGCCCCCGCGCCAUCCAGACAUGCCCGGUCAGCUCAAUAACCUCGGAAACGCCCAUAUGUCCCGAUUCGAGCACUUGGGUAGACUCGAAGAUGUAGAGCAUGCAAUCGAGUGCUUGACCCAGGCAGUCGUACAAACGCCCCCGCGCCAUCCAGACAUGCCCAGUUGGCUCAGUAACCUCGGAAGCGCCCAUAUGUCCCGAUUCAAGCACUUGGGUGGACUCGAGGAUGUAGAGCAUGCAAUCGAGUGCUUGACACAGGCAGUCGUACAAACGCCCCCGCGCCAUCCAGACAUGCCCAGUCGGCUCAAUAACCUCGGAAACGCCCAUAUGUCCCGAUUCAAGCACUUGGGUGGACUCGAGGAUGUAGAGCAUGCAAUCGAGUGCUUGACACAGGCAGUCGUACAAACGCCUCCGCGCCAUCCAAACAUGCCCAGUCGGCUCAGUAACCUCGGAAACGCCCAUAUGUCCCGAUUCGAGCACUUGGGUGGACUCGAAGAUGUAGAGCAUGCAAUCGAGUGCUUGACACAGGCAGUCGUACAAACGCCCCCGCGCCAUCCAGACAUGCCCGGUCAGCUCAAUAACCUCGGAAACGCCCAUAUGUCCCGAUUCGAGCACUUGGGUGGACUCGAGGAUGUAGAGCAUGCAAUCGAGUGCUUGACACAGGCAGUCGUACAAACGCCUCCGCGCCAUCCAAACAUGCCCAGUCGGCUCAGUAACCUCGGAAACGCCCAUAUGUCCCGAUUCAAGCACUUGGGUGGACUCGAGGAUGUAGAGCAUGCAGUCGAGUGCUUGACACAGGCAGUCGUACAAACGCCUCCGCGCCAUCCAAACAUGCCCAGUCGGCUCAGUAACCUCGGAAGCGCCCAUAUGUCCCGAUUCGAGCACUUGGGUAGACUCGAAGAUGUAGAGCAUGCAAUCGAGUGCUUGACACAGGCAGUCGUACAAACGCCUCCGCGCCAUCCAGACAUGCCCGGUCAGCUCAAUAACCUCGGAAACGCCCAUAUGUCCCGAUUCGAGCACUUGGGUGGACUCGAGGAUGUAGAGCAUGCAAUCGAGUGCUUGACACAGGCAGUCGUACAAACGACCCCGCGCCAUCCAAACAUGCCCAGUCGGCUCAAUAACCUCGGAAACGCAUAUAUCAGUCGCUUUGAACAUCUUGGAGAUAUACAGGACGCUGACCGGGCAAUUGAACAUCUCGCCUCGGCCACUCAGUUGCAGACCGGUCAUCCAAAUCAAUGUGGUACACUUGCAAACCUUGGUAACGCAUACUCACACAGGUUUCGACGGUUACGGCAUAUAGAAGACCUGAACCAAGCCAUAAAAUGUAAAGCUCAAGCAGUAGAACUGGCCCCUAGCAAUCAUGCUAGUCUUCCAUCGCUUCUCUCUAGUCUCGGAGCGUCGUUACAACAACGCUUUGAUCGGACAGGCUGCACUCAGGAUCUAGAUAACGCCAUCAUUCGUCAUCAUGAAGCAGUCGGUCUGGCUUCGGAGAGCCAUGUCCGCUAUGCUGCUUAUCUCAACAACCUGGGUAACGCAUAUCUCAGUCGGUUUGAAGCCCAUCAUCAGCAGGAGGACAUAAAGAAUGCAGUAGAUCACUUCAAGAAGGCAGCGCUAUGCACUCAGAAAGAUCAUGUUGACCUUCCGGGUCUUCUGGCAAAUCUAUCAAAUGCUCUCAGUCAGGAGUUCGAGGCGUUUGAGGACUCAACGGUGCUGGAGCAAGCAAUCGAGGCUCAGACUCAAGCUGUAUCCUUGGUUCCUGUGGGGCAUGUAGACUACCCACGCUUUCAUUCGCAGCUAGCUCAUCUCCACAUUACCCGAAUGAAACACUCCUCAGAUCCACUCGACAUAGCUACGGCUGCUGCUCACUUUCAAGCUGCCGCCAAGUCUAAAGUAGGACAUCCUUGUGAUAGAUUUGUAGCUGCCCGUAUGGCGGCGUUAAUGAACUCUAAGCUGUCACUGCCCGACACGAUUGAUGCAUUCCAACUGGCCAUCGAUAUGAUACCCCAGCUCAUCUGGGUAGGCGCCACAGUUGACGACAGAUAUAGGGACUUACCACUUCUUGGCGACCUCACUCAGAGGGCUGCUGUUGCGGCAAUCGACGCGGGAAAUCACAGUCUAGCACUUGAAUGGCUUGAGCAGGGACGAUCUAUCGUAUGGGGACAGACUCUUCAGCUCCAGACACCACUUGGCGAGCUCUCUUCUAGGCACCCGAAUCUAGCGCAAGAGCUCGAGCAAACAGCUGCUGAGCUGAGCCGGGCUAGCUCGGACCCAGUACCGCCUGUUCUAGACGAACCUACGACCGGAAAUCUCCAAUCACAUCAACAAGAUCUCCGAGGGCAUCAUAUACGCAGCACUGCCGCCAAAUACGAAUCUCUGCUGUCCGAGGCCAGGAGCAUCCCUGGAUUCGAGCGUUUUAUGCUGCCUAAGAAGGCAUCUGAGCUACUAAAGGCCGCAAGCCAUCACCCUGUCGUAGCCGUCAACCUCCACGAGUCCCGUUGCGAUGCAUUAGCUCUCAUUUCUGGAAGCUCGAACAUACAGCAUAUACCACUACCCAAUAUGACAUACGAGAAAGCAGAGAUCGCACGGGUAAGGAUCCGAUACUCACUCAAUGGGCGCGGCUUGGAAGAGCGAUAUAGUAUGCGCGGUGCGAAGCCCUUAGGCAAGCAGGACUAUUUCCCUAAAGUGCUUGCUACACUCUGGACCGACCUUGUACAGCCGGUUUUACAGGCGUUGGGCUAUAUGCCACGUCGUUCAGAAGAACUCCCGCAUCUUACUUGGUGUAUAACAGGUCUGCUCUCAUUCCUUCCAAUACAUGCGGCCGGACACUAUGACCGCCCGAUGGAGAAGCUCUCAGACUAUGCUAUCACGUCCUACACCCCUACCCUCGCCGCAUUACUACCGAGCAGCCGCACUUGCUCGACAUCCUCGCCCAGCCUGCUUACCGUGUGUCAAGCGGCUACACCCAACAUGAGUCCCUUGCCUGGAACAACCACCGAACUAGCUAAGAUCAAGGAGCGUAUCCCUUCAGGAAUCAGCUGCAAGCAAAUGGACAGCGAGAGCGCCAAGGUUUCGAGCGUACUCGAUGCGAUGAAGAGUUACUCAUGCGUUCACCUAGCAUGCCAUGCACAUCAGAACUUAACUCACCCAACCGAGAGCGGGUUUUAUCUUCAUGACGGCACUCUCACCCUUCGUGACAUCAUGCAACAAUCGUUCAAACACAAGCAUCUCGCGUUUCUCUCUGCGUGCCAGACUGCCAAAGGAGACGACGGGCUUCCUGACGAAGCAGUACAUCUAGCCUCGGGGAUGCUGAUGGCCGGUUAUCCGAGCGUAAUCGCUACGAUGUGGUCGAUAGCUGACGUCCAUGCUCCGACGAUCGCUGAUGAGGUAUAUGCUCGGCUGAUGAAAGAAGGGAGUAUUGGGCCAGGUGAUACGGCUAGGGCGCUUCACUAUGCGGUAGCAAAGCUGCGAGAGCAACUGAGGCCCAAGGACUUUGUGCUCUGGAUGCCGUACAUUCAUAUCGGAAUCUAG